CCUCCACGCACCUGCGGGCGCGCCGCGCCGGGACGUCGUGAGGAGGCGGCGGGGCUGCCGGCGGCUCGGGGGCUCUCGGUCUAACGGGCCUUCCGGGGAAGGCGGGCCCUCUUCUCAGUGAGGUCCGCAGAACUGUUGUCCGAGACAGCCCGGAGCCUCACGCCGGCGCACGGCCUGUCCUCCGGCCCGCGGGCCCUUCCGCUCCUGCGCCUAGAACGCCCGGCCGCUGCCGAACGCCGGGCCGCACUUGGGCGUCCGUUUCUGGGCGCGGGCCCUGCGGCCCCGGCAACUUCGUUGGCGCGGGCUCCUCCCCCCUUCCCCGGGGGUCGCGAUGCCGGGGCUCAGUCCGUCAGAGACGGAAUGCUGUCGCGACCUGCUCGGCCUGCUGGACGACGGCGAGAUCACGGCCCUGUGCGACACCGUCACCAGCCGCCUGGUGCUGCCUGCGGACCGCCAAGAUGCUAUUCAGGCAAUAUUACUGUACAGUCAAAGUGUAGAAGAACUUCUGAGGCGUAAAAAAGUCCACCGAGAAGUGAUAUUUAAGUACUUGACAAACCAGGGGCUUGUUAUUUCUCCUACUAUUGAAAAACAUAGUCUUAUUCAACGUGCAAAAGAAUACUGCGAAGAGUUAGCAAAGCGCCAGUUGACUGAAACAUCAGAGCCAGUUAUAAAGAAAGAGGCUGCCCAGUUCUUUCAACAGCAGGUAAAAGAAGAUGAAAAAGUUGAUUUUCGUCGCCUAGGAAAAGAAUUUUGUCACUGGUUCUUUGAACUUCUAAAUUCUCAGAAUCCUUUACUGGGACCACCUCAAGAUGAGUGGGGGCCCCAGCACUUCUGGCACGACGUCAAGCUUAGGCUUUAUUACAGCACAUCAGAACAGAAUGUAAUAGACUACCAUGGAGCUGAAAUUGUGAGCCUUCGCUUGCUGUCACUAGUGAAAGAAGAAUUUCUUUUUCUCAGCCCUAAUUUAGAUUCCCAUGGAUUAAAAUGUGCUUCUUCUCCCCAUGGAUUAGUUAUGAUUGGAGUUGCAGGGACUGUCCACCGGGGGAACACUUGUUUGGGCAUUUUUGAACAAAUCUUUGGACUUAUCUGCUGUCCUUUUGUGGAAAAUACUUGGAAAAUCAAAUUUAUCAACCUGAGAAUCAUUGGAGAAAGUUCCCUUGCUCCUGGAACAGCACUGAAACCUACUCUGACAUUUGAACAGAGUGAUCUGGAGGCCUUUUACAAUGUAGUCACUUUGUGUGGUAAUACUGAAGUAAGACUUAAUGUAAAGCAGGCAUUGGACAGUGGGACUGGAGACCAGCCUUUAUGUAGUGGAAACGAGGCAUUAAUAAACAAAGGAGAACCACCUAACCUUCCGAACCACUGACACUAUGUAUCAUCCAAAAAAAAUCUUUAAACAGAAUUCUUUCAAAUACAUCAGUAAUUUCUAAGUGAUUUCAUAUGUGAGGAUUGAUGUAUUUUUAGUUGAAAUAUCUUUCUCCACUACACACUUACAUAUUACGUGAUUAUUUCUAUCUGGGUUGUAGUAAAUGUUCUGAGAACUUACUGCAAUUCAUCAGUAAAUCCCACUUUAGAUGUUGUAGUUAACUGUGUGCCUUAGAAACUAAUACUUUCAUUGUGCUAUUCCACCACUGCCUGUGCUUCCCUUGUGGGGAGGGAUUGUGUUCGGAGCUUCCUUAAGUUACUCUGACUGUUAUCUCAAUCCAGACGUUGGAUUUCACUCCUCUGUUCUUUUUUAAUAACUUAAGUGUUGCAGAGAUAUUUAAUGUAAACACAGAUGUAUUUCUUUUAGAAAACCCAGGUGACACGCAAAAAUCCAAUAAUUUAGCAAGGGAAGAACAAUUUACUGCCUCAUUGAAUAUUUAUAGAAAAUUUCUCAAAGUUACAGCUCUUGUCCAAGCUAAAUACCUCUGAUAACAACAUAUUUAUAUUAUUUGGGGUGAUGAUGCAUGUUAUUCUUAAAACAGACCUUCUUACCUAGCUUUAAGCUAGCAGCUUAAGCUAACAACCAAUAUCUGCUACAACAUAAAUGAAAUAUGCUGUUGAAAUUUUAAAGGGAUCCCUGUUUCUAAAUUCUAAGUGAAUUAUUAUUGUUGUUCUUGAUUAAUCUUGUCAGACAUGACCGUGUCCUCCUAAAAAACCCCUGUGAACUUAGAACAUGGGUUUACAUACACAUGUGUAUACCUGCACUUCACAUUGUAAUCCUAUCAGGAAUUAUCUAAUUUAUGUUACUAGGGCUGAGUUACAAACUUGGGUUGCCAGCUUAAUAACAGAUGCUUUAAAUUUUAAAUUACUAAUAACCCAGUUACUAGUUGUUGAUCCUGGAUUUAAUUAAGGAAUUUUAAUUUAUAAAAGUGCCAUUUGGGAAUAAAAUUUUACUGGAAAGUGCAAUGAUGUAUAUGUUAAGAUUUAACUAUGUCAUGAUCCCCUGAGAAGACUGGUACGAAUAUUGGAAGCAGGAGAAAAACACUCACCUUUUUUGUGUAUUUAAUGAGAUUCCUCUUACAAGGAAUACAAAUUGGUAUGUCUGAAAAUAACUUAAUGAAGGAAAUGCCUUUUUUCUGUAAGAGCAGUGUAUUGUUAGAUUUAAUUUCCAUUGUCUUAUUAAAAUUUUAAAAAUUUAACAAAAAACAAAUUUUACUGCUUCUAGUUACACUGUUAGUGAAAUACAAUUAUAUAUAAAGAAAAUAACAUUUAAAAUAGCUAUCAUAAUUUUAUAGUGUAAAUAAUCAGAUUAAAGGUAUAUAACUUUGCUGGAUUUGAAAUCUCAGUUUUAUGACGACUAUUGGAAAGGAAACAUUGUGAGUAAAGGAUAAAAUUAGAAAUACUUUUUAAGCUGAAAACAAAGAUAAGUAUUCCAUAGAUAUUAAAGAUAGGAAUGAGAAAUUAAUAUUAAUUUUGUUUAUUCAGAGCCUUAUAUAUUCCCAGACCUUUGUUAAUCUAUUAAUGACAGUGUGUACCAUGUGUGUUAGGUGCUCAAUAAAUGUUCAUUGAGCAAAGCCAAAUUUGUUUUCUAGAUUAAAUGGACUCUUAAUACAGCUAAUACUGGUAGAUUAUCAACAUCUGAUAUAACUAAAAUGAUAGAAUUACCAAGGUAUUACUGUUUUUAUAAAAAUGAAACUGAGGCUCCAAAGAUAGAUAGUGUGCUAACUUUACAUAGUUUUGUUCUGAAGAUCACAACUCUGACUUUUUAAAUCUUUUAUUUAUUUGGUACAGGGUCUGUACACAGUUCAGACUUAUAGUGAUCCUCCUGUCUCGA